ACUCCAUGUACUCCAUCAGCUUCAUCUGCCAUUCUUCCCGGAUAUACUUGCCAUUAGGUCUUCACCUUUAUUUGGUAGGAUUGGAGUUGUGGACAGAAAGAGACUACAUAAAAAUUGAUACUGAGAAUCUUGGCGUGACUUUAGCUGCAUUUUACCAAUAUGCCAUCUCUGAGCUUCGACCAAAUGUGCAUUUUGAUCAUUCAGGAAUAAUUACGGCUAAAGGGUUUCCUGCUGGACUUUCUUGGGGGGACCGGUUUUGUCUUUACACUCUAGUUUCAGUGUCUGCUAUUCAUACAUACAGAAAUCCUAAAGUUGAUGCUGAAACAAUUGCGCAUGUGUUGGGUCAUUCUCUUGGCUUUGGCCAUGAUGACACACCCUUAAACAAAGCUUGGGGCUGUGACUGUAAUUGCACCAAGCCUGGCAGGUGUAUAAUGGCGGCAACUGGCAAUCCAACAUGCUCAAGGCUGAGUAACUGCAGCAGGAAGGUAUAUUAUGAUGCAAUAAGAAAACCAGGAAAAGAAUGUCUUAUUGACAUACCUAGCAACGUAAUUAUCAAAAAGAAGUGUGGAAAUGGUGUCAUUGAGGAUGACGAAGAGUGUGACUGCGGCCAAGAUGAGGAACUAGAAGAGGCAGGGAUCCUGAAUAUAUUUCUGCAGCCAAUUACAAAACUUUCAGGGGCCAAAAUACAGUCUCAGUUUUUUAGACAGUGGAUGCAAAGAUCAGAGAACCAAUAUUUGUUUGCUGAUGACUCACGGUCUAAAGUUAUGUCUGAAGAGGGUGAAUCAGGGAUCAUCAGUUCAUUAAUGGAUAGCAACUUUCCAGAAUUCCAAGGGCCCAGUGAAUGCCAAAGGAAUGGCUGCUGCCAAAAGGACUGUAAAUUAUCACCAGGCAUCGAAUGUCUUUAUGGACUUUGCUGCGAGAGAUGUAAGUUGUUAGAAGAGGGAACAGUGUGCAGAGAAGCUGUUUCCGAGUGUGACCUUCCGGAGUACUGCAAUGGGAGCUCUCCUGUUUGCCCGCCAGACGUCCAUAAACAAGAUGGGAUGCCAUGUAGCAACAGUAACAGCUGCUUUAUGGGGAAUUGCAUUGACCUCCACAAACACUGCACAUCUCUUUUUGGCCAAGGUGCAAAACAGGCCCCACUGAGUUGUUUCAAGAAAGUGAAUAUGCGAGGCGACCAGGCUGGCAACUGUGGCAAGGAUGGGCUAAAAUACAGGAAAUGUUAUGAAGAAGAUGUUCUUUGUGGAAGGCUCCAGUGCACUCAUGUUAAUAAAAUUCCCAAAAUGUUAACAGGACAAAGUGUAGUUCAGACUCCAGUGGAGGGUACAUUCUGCUGGGGUUUUGAACGUCAUAUUGGCCAGCAUGUUUAUGAUCUUGGAGCAGUGAGAGAUGGAACAACCUGUGGACCUGACAAGAUAUGCAUGAACAGAUCUUGUGUUGACCGGGCCGUUUUGAAUUAUGACUGUGAUUUUUCAAAAUGUAGUAACAGAGGGGUGUGCAACAGCAAGAGAAACUGCCAUUGUUCUUAUGGAUGGGCCCCUCCCUUCUGCUCCGGCAGAGGGUUCGGCGGGAGCAUUGACAGUGGGCCGCCUCCGAGUAAUGUGAUGGCUACCAGUCUUGUCGUUGUGACGGGCACCCUGGCUGUGUUGCUGUUCCUUGCUCUGGGUUUUGUUGCCACACUUAAGAGAAUGCAAUUGGAGGCUUGGUUUGCUAGAGUGAUCUGGAAAAGAAUAGGAUCAGGAGAUACAGGAUCACAAGCAAGCCUCGGGUCAGAAUGUAGCAUGUCACUGAAAAGCCGAGAGUCGGACAUAACAACUGAAACUAGACUGUGCUGCUAGAGAGAAGAAAAUAACAGGUGCUCCCAAGAGAGAUUUAUUGUGUCUCAUCAAUUUCCUCAGUGUUGUUUGGUCUGCUUGAAUCUUGUUGUUGAAUCUUUCUGUUUUUUGCCUUCCCACACUUCAAAUAAAAUGAGCUCUCUCUUGAACAUUGCA